CAGCAUGGGGCGAGAGAUGUAAAGCAUCUUGGAGGCGGAAAAUCGAUAAAGAUGUCACUGCUUGAACUACAACGAUAGCAUGGCGUCCCUUACCUCGCGUUUGAUAAAAGUGCUUUCUGAAGUCAUUCCCAACUACAAACCCCCUUUAAACAAUGCUACGAUACUAUCAAAGCCCCACAUUCGAAAUAAGAAGUCAUACUGUGAUCAGCUUAAAGCUUCUUCAAAUGCAGAUGAAAUGAACUUUUUAGCUAAGGAAGGGUACUCCAAAGAUGGUUUAUGCAUGAAUACUCUAGGCCACUUCCCAGAGUCUUUCUUCUCGUAGGUACUGACAACUAGCUAACCGUACCUACCUGCCAACAUGCCUUGGUCAAAGGUGUCACACGAAUUCACUCACCCCCAGCUUAGCUACGAAGCCAAACCCAACUUCCAACCCUACAUCAAGAUAUCCGUCUUCUUCAAGAAGCUCGACUCUGUCGACUUCGACACCUUCUUCGGCCACUGGCAAACAGUCCACGCCGACCUAGCGGUAGCAACUCAUGGAUUCCGUAAGCAUGUCGUGCGCUACGUUCAGCACCACCAAACCCCCGAGAUGAAGGAGCGGAUACGGAGUCUCGGUGGGAAUGUCCUGGACUAUGACGCGUGCGCCCAAGUGUAUGUCAGGGAGUGGGAUGACUGGCUCACGUUCUAUAAGAGCGAGGAGUAUGCUGCUGCGCUGGGUGAAGAUUCCCCUCUUUUCAUGCAGCUACCGGUGACCUAUAUGGUGGGGCAUGAGAAUCUAGUUGUUGGUGAUGCUUCGGGUCAGAUGGGGGGGGAUGAUGGCUUGAAUGUGGCCGCUUUGGUGUAGAUGCGAUGGCAUUGUGGGGAGUAAACUGGCGAGGUGGCUUAAUCUAGGUAACUAGUGGCAUAUAUAUUGCG